AUGGGGGUCCCGGAUGUCGGCGCGGGCUCGCAGGGCAAAUGGUGGAGGGUGAAGGGUGGGAAUGGCGGUUCGGGGGUGGUGGGGAAUAGUAAUAAUAAUAAUGGUAAUAAUAAUAACAAUAAUGGCAAUGGCAAUGGUAACGGCAAUGGUAAUAAGAGGAGGGAUGCUGGAGCUUGGAGUAUAAAUAUUCGGAGGAUGGAGUAUCCCGUGAGUUCUUCCCCCAAGUUUGCGAAUGCUCGCAACUGACGAUACGAGGACGACGAAACACAUCCCGAAAUUCGCCAGGUACGGGCUGCUAAUGCGGCAACCUACAAAUACCGUCGGCUCGGAAUUCCGGGACCAGAAGUCGAUGGCGCCCAGGCGCUCCGGGAUGUGGAGGAUUCGCUUCGGAAGAGGGGGUUACUCGAGAAGCGGCAGACCAUCGGCGCUGGACAGACCGCCUCUGCUACCGGCGGGACGAUUCCUGCCGCUACGCCGGGAACCCAGGACUCAAUGGGCGUGGGGCAGGACGGGAAUGAUUUGUGUAUGCGUCCCAAUCCACUUGCCCCCAGAGAUGUAGCGAACAACGAUACUGACGAAGAAGCAGCAUACUUCUCCGAGGUGAGAUUCGGCUCAAACAACAAGCCCUUCACCCUGGUGAUCGACACCGGUAGCUCGGACACCUGGAUCCCCUCCGAUACCUGCAGGUCACGCGCCUGUAGAGUGCACAACACCUACGGCAGCAAGGACAGCAAAACCCUCGUUACGGACACGCGACCCUUUGGCAUCCGCUAUGGCAGCGGGCAGGUGGAGGGGACGCUUGCCUCCGACAGUAUCUCGUUCGCCGGGUUCAACAUGAACAUCUCCUUCGGUGUGGCGACCAGGGUGUCGGACGACUUCAUCUUCUUCCCUAUAGACGGCAUAAUGGGCCUCGGCUUCCGGAACGCGAGCAUGCAGAACGUACCGACGAUAAUGGACGAGCUCAUUAACAACCGCCUCAUCGACCAGAAGUUGUUCGGCAUCGCGCUCGCCCGGAGCACGGAUGCGGUGAACGAUGGGGUGGUCAAUUUCGGCGCCAUUGACGCCAGCCUGUUCGAGGGGCAGCCAAAUUUUAUGUCCUCCGUGUCCCGGCAGGGGCUGUGGGAGAUCAGAGUUGACGACACGUCGGUUGAUGGCCGAGGGACCGGGAUAUCGGGACGCACGGCUGUCAUCGAUUCCGGGACCUCGCUGAUCCUUUUGCCCCCAGAGGAUGCGCUAAGGUUGCACUCGGUCAUCCCGGGCGCGGAGACGAACGGCGAUGCCUUCGCCGUGCCAUGUAACACCACCUCGAAUAUAGAAUUCACCUUUGGCGGUGUAAAAUAUAGGGUCCCGCCGAGAGACUAUAUCAGCGAGAGGGUUAGGGCGGAUGGGGACAUUUGCCAAUCCCUAAUCACCGGCCGGGUAUAUCCUCCCCCUUUCUAACAAACGAAACCCACCGAAUCAUACCUCAUGAAACUAACAAACCUCCACUAGCAAAUCCUAGGAAGAAGCAUGUGGCUCCUCGGCGACGUGUUCCUGAAAAAUGUGUACUCCGUCUUUGACCUAGACAAUAAUCGCAUUGGUAAAAUAAAGAAACCCCACCCAGACACAUACACAAUCCCCCCACAAAGUAUCUAAUGGCACAUUCAGGCUUCGCCCCCCGCCGAAAAUCCGACAACCCUCCACCCGCUUCAAAUCCUACGGGUACUGGUACCAGUUCCCCCACCGAUACCCCACCACCACCACCACCUGGCCGCGACCCCAGAACGAGCAGCGCCACUUCGUCCCGUGCCGGGCCCGCCAUCACCCGCAGUCCGAGAAUUGGGAAUGCCGCGCCGUUCGAUGAUCCCGAGUCGGCUGCCGCCCGGGGGUUUGCCACCACCGCGUUGGUGCUUGGCACAGGGGUUUCACUCCUCGUGGCGGUUUUGGUGGUGGGGUUAUAG